UUUCUACCCACAAGCCCCCAGCGACUUCCUUUCCGACUUUUUCUCGGGCAAAAUGGCACCAAACAAGAAGGGAGGUGAGAAGAAGAAAGGGCGCUCCGCCAUCAACGAGGUGGUGACCAGGGAAUACACCAUCAACAUCCACAAGCGCAUCCACGGCGUAGCCUUUAAGAGGAGAGCUCCCCGCGCCAUCAAGGAGAUCCGCAAGUUCGCCAUGAAGGAGAUGGGAACGCCCGACGUCCGCAUCGACACUCGCCUCAACAAGGCCGUCUGGACCAAGGGUGUGAGGAACGUGCCAUACCGCGUCCGCGUGCGUCUGUCCAGGAAGCGUAACGAGGACGAGGACUCGCCCAACAAGCUGUACACCCUCGUCACGUACGUCCCUGUCACCACGUGCAAAGGUCUGCAGACAGUCAAUGUGGACGAGAACUGAUCUCCCGUUUUGCAAAUAAAAUUUGUGAAAUGCGA